AGACUAUAGUGUGUCAGUUUUGUCAACCAUCUUGUGUUUGAUGUGUUGUGUCUAUUGAAUAGUGUUUAACAUUAUAUUGAAUGCUAUAAUACAAUGCAUUUGAACGCUAUAUUGAAUACUAAUAUACGAAUGAAUGAGUGAUUUAUUGCCAACAAUAGAGUGAUAUACAAGAACUCUGAAGCGAUCACCACAUCUGAUCCAAUAUCACUAUAUUAUUACCUUUUACUACAUCAGUGCCACUUAUUAGACGGACAUCCAGUGAAGACAGUAAUACUAGUGAUUUCAAAACAAAAGAGCUAUCAUUUGAUUAGUUGACAUCUCAUCAUCAGAUCAGACACCACGAAGAAGGCGUUUUGCUUAUCUUUAGCGCAGACUAUGCUUCAGACAUCAUUGCAUUUGAUCCACAUUUUAUAGCUAUGGCUGACAGACGAAAAUUACAAGAGAUCGAAAGGUGUUUGAAGAAAGUGACGGAAGGCGUUGAAACGUUUGAAGAUAUUUGGCAAAAGGUUCACAACGCCAACAAUAGCAACCAAAAAGAGAAAUAUGAAGCUGAUCUCAAAAAGGAGAUUAAAAAACUACAGAGGCUUAGGGAUCAAAUCAAAACAUGGGUGGCUUCGAGUGAAAUUAAAGAUAAACGAUUACUCUUAGAAAAUAGAAAAUUAAUAGAGACUCAAAUGGAAAGGUUUAAAAUUGUCGAAAGAGAGACCAAAACGAAAGCCUAUUCUAAGGAAGGUUUAGGCGCCGCACAGAAGUUAGAUCCGGCACAGAGAGAAAAGGAUGAAAUCACCAAUUGGUUGUCUGCAUCUAUCGAUUCACUUAACAUACAAUUAGAUCAAUUUGAAAGUGAAUCGGAAGCCUUACAAUUGGCACAGAAAAAGAGCAAAAAAGAUCGCGAAAAGCAGGACCGCAUCGAUGAACUUAAAGGUUGGGUAGAAAAGCACAGGUAUCACAUAAAACAAUUGGAAACACUGAUGCGAAUGUUAGAUAAUGAAACCGUCGAAGUCGACCAAAUAAAGAAAAUCAAAGAUGAUGUCGAGUACUACAUUGAAUCCUCUCAAGAUCCUGAUUUUGAGGACAACGAAUUUGUUUACGAAGACUUGGAAUUAGAAGAUAUCAAUCAGUUCUUAAUCGCGGAACAGACGAGAGCCAAUCAUACGGCAUCCUUUGAUAGCGGAACAACAAAGAACUCGAACGCAACGGGCGAUGAUGACGGAAGCGUUUCGAUUCAAUCGAAUAGUCCGUCGUCGACACCGAGCUCUCCGGCUCCGAGUCCAGGGCUCACAAAUCAUUCCAAGUCUGGACUGACUGAAAACAACGCGUUGAGCACCUCUUCUAGUUUGAGUACAACUGUUAAUAGUAAUACCAAUACUUGUAAUAACUCAGUUGUAAAUAAUAUGUCAUUGUUGUCAUCAUCACUGUCCGGCCAGUCAUCGGCACCACAAACACAGACUUCUAUUGUAAAGCCAUUGGCCGUGUGGUCUCAAAACACAUCAAUUAGUAGCUCAACAAGUUCAACAUCAUCGACGACAUCAUCAAUCAGUAAAGCACCGGUACCUCAGACAACAACAGCUACUACAGUGACAACUACCAGUGCAAACAGUAGCAAUGCUUCAAGCAGUAGUAGCAGUCCAUCGGUCAACUCAUUGCCCAACCAUAAUGUGACGAAUCAAACAUCAGCCUAUGCUCUAGCAGUUGGUGUCAACUCAUUAAAUAAUGUGAACAAUAAUUCAAACACCAAUUUAUUGAAUCGUAUCAAUCAAAUGCAACACUUGGAUAACAGUUUAGGGAUGAAUCAAAUGAAGACAAACGAAGUGAAUGCUGAGACACAGUUAAUCAAUAGAUAUUUGAAUAGUUCUCCCAAUUCAUUACAACAAAGAACAACAACUCCACCGAAUAUGGGUCUGACUAUGACUCCCGACUCAGUGCCUGUUAACUCGAUUCUCUAUAGUGUUACCGCUGCCACGUCCACCACUUCCCUAUCAUCGGCAGUAUCUGCCGGUCCUUGGAAUACGCCUGUUGUCACGUCACGACAACAACAGUUUCCUCAAUCGACAUCCAUUAUGAUGAACGGUCCAGUGAUAGGUCACAAAAAUGUGAACCAAAUGUCGGUACUUGAGUCAGAUCAGCAACAAUUAUCAUCGCUGAAAACGAUAGCACAACAGGCAGUGGCCAACGCGGGUCUUGAAGAUCACAUCACUAUUAACAGUCAUAGUCAUAGCCAUAGCGAACAGUCCUCUCAGUCUCUCUAUGAGCCAUCAGUUAACUCUUCAAUGAAUUUACUGACCAAUAAUAUGGUGAAUAUCUCAUCGUCGACAAACUCAAUGCUACACAGCAGUGCCUCUAUUAAGGCUUUAUCACAACAGACACAACAACUUCAGUCUGUUUCCGCACCUGUUUUGCCUAUGCCUUCAACAGGACAGCCACGAUCAUCAACUCCUGCCACCGGUAAUCAAACAAAUGAGGCUCAUGUACCUCCUUUAUUAGGCGUUGCGCCCCUCGGACCAGUGAGUCUCUCCAAACAGUGCUACUAUCAACUUCAUAUGCUUGAGGCCGCAUCAAGACAUCCAAUACAUCCCAUGGAUUCACAAAGACUUAGACCUUAUUUGCCACCGAACCCAUGUCCAGUUCCGAGUUAUUAUCCACAACAAUGUCUGCCUCACAGUGAUUCCAUCGAAUUCUUCCACCGGUUGUCAACUGAGUCGUUAUUUUUUAUUUUCUAUUUUAUGGAGGGGACAAAAGCACAAUACUUGGCAGCUAAGGCUCUCAAGAAGCAGUCGUGGCGUUUUCACACCAAAUAUAUGAUGUGGUUUCAGAGGCACGAAGAGCCCAAAACCAUUACCGAUGAAUAUGAACAGGGAACAUACAUUUAUUUUGAUUAUGAAAAGUGGGGCCAAAGGAAGAAAGAGGGCUUUACAUUUGAGUACCGAUACUUAGAGGACCGUGAGUUGAACUGACAACUGAUCCAAUAAACUCAUCAAUUAUAGCUACCAAUAAAGUUUGAAAUACGAUUGAAAUAGCAUUGUAUUUGUUAUGACACUACCGAUCACUAAUUUUUUUAAAAAAUAUGUUGACAAACAAAAACAAAAUAUAUAAACCCAACUAUAGAUAUUAAACAACAAUUAAAACCAAACACAUUUGAUAAAUAACUGUAGGUCUCCAAUGAAAAUCACUGUAGACAUCAAAUUAAAACUGCUAUCCAGGAAGUGAUGAAAGUGUGCUGUCUUUCAUUAAAAUAGCACUUAAAACUGUUUUUCUGUUUCAGAUAUUGUUUUUUUUAUACUAGCGUUCAUUUAGCUAACAUUUGUAUUAAAAAUUAUAUAUAAUUUAAAAUUAUUUUCUAUAUU